UGCAUCACUUCCUCAUACCCUGUGUGUUGUGUUUUGUACGACUGCACUUUGAAAAGCUACAGAGGGAACUUAGCAUACAUCUACUGAAGACAUUCCGAUGUAGCAUGUCACUGCUCGUGCGGAGUCAUGUCUUGAAGAGAAUCAUCUACAAUGAGCUUCAACAUGUCUUACAGUAUUAUGCCUCUGGAAACUGAGCCCAAUGAAUACAGAACAGCUGCCUUGGUUUUCUACAGUUCUAUUUUUAUAAUUGGAAUAAUUGUAAACAUCACUGCACUAUGGGUCUUUGGCUUGACCACAAAGAGGAGAAACUCUGUGACUGUAUACAUGAUGAAUGUGGCCUUAGUGGACCUGAUUUUUAUUAUGGUUCUGCCUUUCCGCAUGGUUUACUAUGGCAAGAACUACUGGCCCUUUGGAGACAUUUUCUGCCGGAUGACAGCCGCCUUGACUGUCUUUUACCCCUGCAUCGCUCUCUGGCUUUUUGCUUUAAUCAGCGCUGAUCGAUACGUGGCUAUUGUGCAGCCCAAGCACUCCAAGGAGCUGAAGAAUGUAAGCAAAGCCAUGAUCUCCUGCGUUGGCGUGUGGAUAAUGACUCUGGGCAGCACGGUGCCAGUGCUCACUUCAGAAAACGACCCUGAUGCUUUCUCCAACUUCACCACCUGCCUGAAAAUGAGCGACAUCAUACACUUAAAACACUCCAACCCUGUGAACUUCAUGCGUCUCAUCUUCUUUUUUCUUGUCCCUAUUUUCAUCAUGAUCGGAUGCUACUCAGUCAUCGUCGACAACCUCAUUCAUGGGCGGACUUCCAAAUUGAAGCCCAAGGUCAAGACGAAGUCUAUUAGGAUCAUCAUCACCCUGAUUGUUCAAGUGAUUGUUUGCUUUGUCCCCUUUCAUAUCUGCUUUGUCUUCCAAUUGCUGGAGAACAGUGGCAAGGAUUUCAGCGCUUGGGGGGCCUUCACCACCUUCCUUAUGAACCUGAGCACCUGCCUUGACAUUAUCUUAUAUUACAUAGUGUCAAAACAAUUCCAGGAUCGAGUCAUCAGUGUCAUUCUGUACCGCAACUACCUGCGCAGUGUCAGAAGGAAGAGUUUCCGCACAUCCGGCAGCAUCCGUUCACUCAGCAACAUUAACAGUGAAAUGAUUUAAGGAUCCACCAUUUUUAAAUCUUUGAUUUACAUUUUAUUUGAAUUAUUUGUAAAUACGGUUUCACUUUGUGUCAACUUGUUUGAGAUCUGUGGGCAUUGGUGCAUCUGUGCUGUGCUCUGGAUCACGGUCUUGUUCAAUAUCACAGGGGACUUUUCCAAAGUCUUGUAGAUUGAUUUUCCAAUAGAAAUUUGGAACAGUUCUGUUUUCUACACCACUGCAUUCCAUUUCAGAAAAAGUUGAUUUCUAUUUAAGGAAAAUACAUAUGUAUGCCUGAUUUGCACCUGCUUUAUGUAUAUGGUCUUAACUGAAGGCAUUUUGUCUCCAGGUUAACUACAUACAUUUCAUAAAUAUAGCUAUGUCUUUUCUAUGAGCUACUGUAAUGAUCAUUUCCAAAGAAGCAUGU